AUGAUUUGUGAAUAUAUGAUUGAUCACUUCGGAUUUGAUGAAAACCUUAUGUUCCAGCAGCGGUAUUUAAUAGCAGAUCAGCACUGGAAGAAAGACAAUGGGCCGAUACUAUUUUAUACAGGCAAUGAAGGAGACAUCACGUGGUUCUGCAACAAUACAGGUUUUAUGUGGGAUGUGGCUGAAGAACUUAAUGCCAUGUUAGUAUUUGCUGAACAUAGAUAUUACGGAGAAUCUUUGCCCUUUGGGAAUGAGUCUUUCAGUGAUUCCAAGCAUCUGAAUUACCUGACAUCAGAACAAGCUCUGGCAGACUUCGCAGUACUGGUUGAGUACUUAAAGACUACCAUUGCAGGAGCCCGUUACAGUCCUGUCAUAGCUAUAGGAGGAUCUUAUGGAGGAAUGCUUGCAGCCUGGUUUAGGAUGAAGUACCCCCAUGUGGUAGCUGGAGCUCUGGCAGCCUCUGCCCCAAUCUGGCAGUUUGGCGAUUUGGUUCCAUGUGGCACUUAUUUCAGCAUAGUGACUAACGAUUUCAAAAAGAGUGGGACAGGCUGCUCAGAAAGCAUCCGGAAUUCCUGGAAUGCCAUUAACCACCUUUCCUCAACAGAUGCAGGUUUACAGUGGCUUUCCAGCACAUUUCGUUUGUGUAGCCCAUUAAAAAAUCUUCAGGAUGCUGCUAUGUUGAAAAACUGGCUGAGUGAAACAUGGAUAAACUUGGCUAUGGUGAACUAUCCCUACAAAGCUGACUUCUUACAGCCUCUGCCAGCUUGGCCUAUACAGGAAGUCUGCAAGUUCUUGAAGGAUCCCAGUCUCUCCGACAAAUUGUUGCUGCAGAAUGUUUUUCAGGCAGUAAAUUUAUACUACAAUUAUUCAGGAGAAGCCUCAUGCUUAGACAUGUCUGAGACUGCAACAAAGAAUCUGGGCCAGUUGGGUUGGUACUAUCAG